AUGCGUGAAGUCAUCAGUUUGAACGUCGGCCAGGCUGGUUGCCAGAUUGCCAACUCGUGCUGGGAGCUCUACUGUCUCGAGCACGGUAUCCAGCCUGACGGCUACCUCACUGAGGAGCGCAAGGCCGGCAACAACGACCAGGGCUUCUCCACCUUCUUCUCCGAGACUGGUACGCGUGCCCGAAUACCUCCCUUGUUCCACCCCGAGCAGAUGAUCACUGGCAAGGAGGAUGCCUCAAACAACUACGCCCGUGGUCACUACACCGUCGGCAAGGAGCUGAUCGACCAGGUCCUCGACAAGGUCCGAAGAGUCGCAGACAACUGCUCUGGUCUCCAGGGCUUCCUCGUUUUCCACUCGUUCGGUGGUGGUACCGGUUCUGGUUUCGGUGCUCUCCUCAUGGAGCGUCUGUCCGUCGACUACGGCAAGAAGAGCAAGCUCGAGUUCUGUGUCUACCCUGCUCCCCAGGUCGCCACCUCGGUCGUCGAGCCCUACAACUCUAUCCUCACUACCCACACCACCCUUGAGCACUCCGACUGCUCUUUCAUGGUCGACAACGAGGCCAUCUACGACAUCUGCCGCCGCAACCUUGGCAUCGAGAGACCCAACUACGAGAACCUGAACAGACUGAUCGCCCAGGGUAUGCACUCCCAGGCUNUCGUCUCUUCCAUCACCGCCUCGCUCCGCUUCGACGGUUCCCUCAACGUUGACUUGAACGAGUUCCAGACCAACUUGGUCCCCUACCCCCGUAUCCACUUCCCUCUGGUCGCCUACGCUCCCGUUGUCUCGGCCGCCAAGUCGGCCCACGAGGCCAACUCUGUCCAGGAGAUCACCAUGUCCUGCUUCGAGCCCAACAACCAGAUGGUCAAGUGUGACCCCCGCAACGGCAAGUACAUGGCCACCUGCCUGCUCUACCGUGGUGAUGUCGUCCCCAAGGAUGUCCACAGCGCUGUCGCCACCCUCAAGACCAAGCGCACCAUUCAGUUCGUCGACUGGUGCCCAACUGGUUUCAAGAUUGGUAUCUGCUACCAGCCCCCUCAGAACGUGCCCAACGGCGAUCUCGCCAAGGUCAACCGUGCUGUCUGCAUGCUUUCCAACACCACCGCCAUCGCCGAGGCUUGGUCGGCUCUCUCGCACAAGUUCGACCUCAUGUACUCGAAGCGUGCCUUCGUCCACUGGUACGUCGGCGAGGGUAUGGAGGAGGGCGAGUUCUCCGAGGCCCGCGAGGACCUUGCCGCCCUGGAGCGCGAUUACGAGGAGGUUGCCGCCGACUCUGUCGAGGGUGAGGAGGGUGUUGAGGCUGAGUACUAA